UCAUUGGCUGAGCAAAACAGUCGCAAGUUUGGAAAGGGUUAUACAUUUUAUUAAUUGUGCAGAAGACAGAAUAUCUUUGGUUUCAACUGAACAGAAUAUACCCCAAAAAACAAAACGUUGUCCAAAGAGCGCAAAUCAUCUUCGUCCUCUGUUCGUCUUUCCCUUCUCAUCUCUCUGUCUGGCUGGGGUGAGAUUGCGAACAAGGAGUUUCUAUGGAGAGGGGCUUUACAUGACUGAGGAGUUGUUUACUGGCUGGUUUUGCAUCGUUUCAGGCUCCUUGGAGAUAGAGGAAUGCAAAUCUGCAACCAUGAUGGAAGGAUUGAAAAAACGUACCAGGAAGGCCUUUGGGAUACGGAAGAAAGAGAAGGACAAUGACUCCACGGGGUCCCCAGACAGAGAAAGCGGUGGACCCCAAGAGACUGAAUCGUCUCAGAAGAAGACCAACGGGGCCCCUAAUGGCUUCUAUGAAGAUAUCGACUGGGACAGAUAUAACUCUCCUGAGGUGGAUGAUGAGGGCUACAGCAUCAGACCUGAGGAGGAGUCAGAAGAGGGAGCGCCUACCAUCAAAAAGCCCCACUUCUUUUCCUCUGAUGAGUCGGAAGGAGAGGAGGACCACAGGAAAAAAUUCAAAAUCAAGAUCAAGCCGCUGCCGGCCGAUCGUGUAGCGUCGGUGCCCUCAGUCGACGAGCUCAAAGCCUCCAUAGGCAACAUAACCCUGUCCCCGACUCCUGUGAGGAGUCCGAGACGUAGCCCGGGUUUGAAACGGAACCCUUCCAGUGAGGAGAUUGCCAGACCGAGACGCGUCGUCCCUACUUUACCCCCUGUGGCCCCGACACCAGCCCCAGCACCGCAACCCCCCAGCAGUCAACAAUCACCCGUCUCUGAAGACACCACAGCCUUAUUUGGGCCUCCUUUGGAAACAGCCUUUGGAGAACCUAAAACUGAAGUGGGUUUCUCUGGGUCUGAUGCGUGGGGGACUCCUCUGUCAGAGCCUGAAUCCUCUUUGACCAGAUCCUUUCCCACAGGAACUCCCCCUCCACUUCCACCCAAGAAUGUCCCGAUUUCUCCCCUGUCGACUGGCCCACCCUCUGUAGAUGACCCUGAAGUGUCAACAGAAGCAGACCGUUCCACCAGGAAGCCCUCAAUAGCUGACCUGGACAACAUUUUUGGACCAGAACAGCCUCCCUCUGCUGGCGAGGAAACAGGCGACACAUGGGUUUGCUUCAGUGCUGAAUCUCCUGACCGGCCACCUCUACCAGUGGAACCAGCACCUCCUCUUCCAGGCUCCAUGCCUCCACCUGAAUCUCCUGCCCCACCCUUACCUACAUCACCACCUCCUCCUGAAGACCCUGCACCACCACUCCCUACAUCCCCUCCCCCAAAAGAAGAACCUGUGCCCGCUCUCCCAACCCCCUCGUCUUCCUCAGGGGAGACUGCUGCACCUGCUGUCCACUCAGGUCCUCCUACACCUGAGGAUCGAAAUCCCCUCACGCUCGCCACCUCUCCACCCCUUGCACCACCAAAGGAGCUUGCAUCUCCUCCCACUUCCUCUCCCCCUCCUCUGGACUCACCCGCCAGCGUCCCACCAGCCCCUGCUCCCAAAGCAAGCACCCCUCCAGCGGUGACUCCGCCUGCUGAGGGACCUGCAACGUGCUCCGUCCCACCGCCACUUGUCCUGUCUCAAGAGGAGCAGUCCAAGAACACAGACGUCACCCAACCCAAAGAGGACGGAAGCGAAACUGUCACCUCGCCCAAUGAUGCUAGCCCGGGGAGUCGGAUUACGCCUCCCCCACCUCCUCCCCCCACAUAUCGGGCAGUGGUGUCGUCACCGGGUCCCACAUCUGGAGCUGGUGGCACGAAUAGCGGUUCCUCCUCUCCGGUGCGACCUGCCACUCCUUCGUCAGUCAACCCCACCCCACCACCACCUCCACCUCGCCCCCCUUCACGACCCAAACUUCCUCCAGGGAAACCCACUGUAGGAGAUGCAAAUCGUCCGUUCAGCCCGCCGGUCCACUCAGCCAGCCCCCCUCCCAUCGCCCCGUUGGCGCGGGCCGAGAGCAUCUCCUCCAUCUCCUCCACCAACUCCAUGAGUGCCACCACCACCCCCACGGUCAAUAAAGAGCUCUCCGUGUCCGUGUCAGAGAAUGACCAGCCAUCCCUUGUGUGGUUUGACAGAGGGAAGUUUUAUUUAACCUUUGAAGGCUGCUCCAGAGGGCCCAGUCCUCUCACCAUGGGGGCUCAGGACACUCUUCCUGUGGCCGCUGCGUUCACAGAGACAGUCAACGCCUUCUUUAAGGGAGCUGACCCAAGCAAGUGUGUUGUGAAGAUCAUAGGUGAGAUGGUUUUGUCGUUUCCAGCGGGAAUCACGCGGCACUUUGCCAAUAACUCGUCCCCCGCCGUGCUAACCUUCAGCAUAACCAACUACAGCCGUCUGGAGCACGUGCUGCCUAACCCCCAGCUCCUCUGCUGCGACACCACCACACAAGCCAAGGCUGAUGCCAAGGACUUCUGGGUAAACAUGCCAAACCUGAUAUCCCAUUUAAAGAAGGUGGCAGAGCAGAAGCCACAGGCAACAUACUACAAUGUGGACAUGCUCAAGUAUCAGGUAUCGACGGAGGGGCUCCAGUCGAUUCCUCUGAAUCUAGCGGUGAGUUGGAGAUGUGAGCCCACCAGCACUGACCUGAGAAUAGACUACAAAUACAACGGGGAGGCCAUAACGACGCCGAUGGCCCUCAACAACGUCCAGUUCCUCGUCCCUGUCGAUGGAGGGGUUUCAAAACUACAGGCUGUCUUACCUCCUGCUGCGUGGAAUGCGGAGCAGCAAAGAAUCCUUUGGAAGAUUCCUGAUAUCUCACAGAAGUCUGAAAACGGAGGUGUGGGCUCAUUGUUGGCACGCUUUCAGCUAACAGAAGGUCCCAGUAAACCGGCUCCACUGGCGGUGCAGUUCACCAGUGAGGGCAGCACCCUGUCGGGCUGUGACAUAGAGCUGGCUGGGCCAGGAUACCGCUUCUCUCUCGUCAAGAAGAGGUUCGCCGCAGGAAAAUACCUGGCCGACAACUAACCCAUGCUGCUGACGACAGCACUGUUGAACAGAACAAUCGCAGUGGACUGAGGUUGACACCGAGGACAGGGGACAAACCAACACCAGACGACAGACUUUCCAUUAACCUUUUCUGAACCCACAGGACAGGUCCGCAGCCUGCCCAGCAGUAUUGUAUUACUUGCAUAUAGCAUCGUGGAAACAGUUUUAGGUCAUGUAAUUAUCGUAUUUGUAUUCAUUUCAUAACAUCUGUAUUGCUGCAGUUAGACACCUGGGUUCUUCUUCCCUCUGAAGUCUGUGCCUCUGUCUCCAUCGUCCUCUGGUCAAUGUGUGGUGGUGUUGUUUUUAAAGUUUCACUGCAGCUGCCUGACAGACAGACAUGGACAAAAAGAGGUUGGGCCCGAUUUUUAACUCUGGGUGACAAGCUGUUUGUUGUCGAGAGUCCAGAAAGAUUUGGCUGUAAAAAAAAAAAAAACUUCAAUAAGAUCUCUGCAGUCAGACACACCCUCAGCCUCUGACACGAAGUCUUAACGCCCCAAAGAUAGACUGGUUUCAGUUAAAGCUUGUGCCCAGGACAAUACGAUAAUCAUACACCUUCAAAAUCAGAUCUUUUAAUAGAGUCUGAGCUCGAAGCCUGAGAGAGCUCUCACGCUGACGGCAGCCAUUUGCGUGUCUUUUUGCCAGCAAGUAAAUGCAUUUUGACGCAUGUUGUCACAAGAGGUUAAAUUAAAGAGGUUUCUUGUCGGUGAUUGAAACACAGAAUCAGGUAACUACAAAAAAUGUUCAUGCAUCACCUACUGGUACUACAGGGUCAGAUGACUUUGGAUCAUGUCCUUUUUUAAUAUAAACGCACUGAUCAGUCAAUCAAACUGUUAAUUCAUUUUAUUUCUCUGGAAUACACAGACGUGGAGAGUUUUUAGCUAGUUAGGCAGCUGCAAUGAUAAAUCAAUUUACUGGUUGCAAAAUAAGAAAAAUCUGUUUUCCCGUCAGAACAAACGAUGUGUACAAAGUGUCAUUUAAAAUUGAUAAUAUAUAUCUUAAAGGGCGUUUGGUGUUUUCCUCGUAUUGUCAGAUAGCCUUUAUGUUGUUCCCAGGACAGCAGUGAUAGACUCCAGAGUACAUGACAGCAUUCUAUUUUUAUUUAUUGAUGACGAUGAUUUGUUGUAUAAAACGUGAUUCUGUAUACGAAUAGAAUUUGAAUGGUAUCACACAACUCAGAACCCUGAAAGGUAUACAUAUUUGAACUCUCUCUCUUUUGUUAUCUGUGUAGUUGGGUAAACUGUGUACAGUAUAAGGUAUAAUUUUUGAAUUUAUUUCAGAUAUAAUUUUUUAACUCGAGUGCAACAGAAGAUUUGAGCUAUAUAUGGGGGUGGGGUAAUUUAAAGAAAAAGAUAAAUAUCUUCCUGGAUGCUGUGUUAUGCUUUGUGAAAGCAGUGUUAAUUUAGAUUUAGUUAUACCACAGGCAAGGUCCACAUUUUAAAGACUUAGUUUGACAUUUUGGGAAAUAUAUUCUGUCUGUUCAACAGGACACGGUUAGCUUAGCAUAAAGACUGGAAGCAGCUAAUCCGUUUUUACAGAGAUAUAUGCCCUGUAUAGAAGGCAAUGUCAGUCAGCUGUUGUUUGGUCCAGACUGAAAUAUCUCAACUUUUAGAUGGAUUGCCAUUCAAUUUUACAUUCAUAGUCCUCAUAGGCUGAAUCCUACUGACUUGUGAUCUCUAUAGCAGGUUAAUGCUUGUGGUUUGGAAUGAAAUGGACUAUAACUAUCGGACAGAUUGCUAUACAAUUUGGUACAAACAUUCAUGAGGGGGUCAGGAUGAAUUGGAAUAACUUUGGAGAUUCCUUACCAGACUAAGAUGGUGAACUUGUUAAAUAUACUUGCUAAACGUCAGCACGUCAGCAUUGUAAUUGUGAGAGGGUUAGCAUUUAGCUCAAAGCACCGCUGUGCCUAAGUCCAGUCUUUAUGCUAAGCUAAGAUAAACGUGUCGUGUCUCCUGCUUAACAUUUAACAUUCUCUGCAAGAAAGUGAGUCAGCAUAUUUCCUGAAGUUGUUGAACUUUUUCUUUUAAUGAGGUUAAGACAAUGACAACAAAAGCAAUCAAUUUUCCUCAAUAGCAGUGAUGAUGUUUGGAGACUGUGGUACCACUACUGGAACAAGAUUUGUUUACUGGGACCAGCUUUUUUUUAAAUUAUUAUUAUUAUUAUUUAAACCUCAUCAGAAACCACUUGUAUUAAUCCGACAUUCUCAGUUCCCACAUCUAGCCUGACAUGUCUGAUCUGUUUUCUGACCUGUUUCCGUUCACCACAGUGGUACCUGAACUGAUUAUAUCAUGAGCACACCCCUGAUCAUCCAACCAGCGCUUGUAUCCAUGGCUUUAUUUUGCAUAAUCGUAAUGGUCUCUGUGAGAUGUCAAGUUGAAUGAGGUUGUAGAUUGAGGUUAAGCUGACCAAAAUGCUUCGUUUUUUUUUUUCUUCUUCUUCUUUUUUUGUAUUUUAUGUGCGUGUACCCCGGACAGUCAGUCCUCUGUUAAGGAGAAUAAGCUGAAUAUUUUUAAAAUGGAUAAAAAUGAAAAAAUAUUAUAUUGUUUAAUGUGUAAUGAACACUGUGCUGAUGAUGUUGAACUUCCUGAAUGCUCUGACACUCAACACGAAGAAGAACAAAAAAGUGUGUGUGACGUGUAGCCGAAGAUCUCUGUACUGUACUGUACUGUAUGUCGGCAUUCUGCUAAAUGAAACCAAUCACGGUCCUUUCAGAACUGUCGUAGAAGCAUCUUUGACUGAAUGUACGUCAAGAGGACUAUUAGCAACAUGUCAAUACUCCUAUUAAAUGAUAGAGUACUUUCGAUCGGACAUACUGUAGUUUUGAUGUAGUUAUUUGGCAAAUUAAAAGAUCAGAUUUAAGAUGUGCAGUUAAGAUAAAAGUAAUUUUAUUUAUGUGCCGAUUCGGUCUAAAAGAGCAUUGUGGAUUUCUCUGAGGUUCUGAGGUUGCAUUUAAUUUAUCAAUGCAAGGUGAGGAUGAUUGGUGCCAUUUAGCGCCCACAUUAGUUUGGUAACGUUUUCUUUCAGUCAUGUCAGUCCUUCAUCUAGUUGACUGGAUGGAUCCACGUGGCUGAGAGGAAGCUGUAACCUUCUGGGUGAAUUUUGAAGCUAUCAGUGCAACAGUCACUACAGCAUUAUCUACAGAGGCCCACCACACACAUCCCCCAUCAUGCAUCUGUUUUAAAUUACCACUACACUACAGCCUACAUGUCUUUCAGCUUGAAAGUCACGUUGCAUUACUAAACUCAGUCGGUUAGUUGCCAGAUAAUUCUUUGCAUCAGUUUUUAAAAAAUGGAACAAAACUUUUACAGAUAUUCAUCUCUGUGGUGAAUUUGUCCUGCAGUAAUUCAUUAUUGCAUGCUGAGCAUGCAAUAACAGGUGGGGCAUUCAUGAUGAUAGAUAGUACUGAAAUGACGUGUUGUGCUGUCAGUUAACCUGUAUUAAUGUUAAGAAGAGAGCAGGGAGUGUGUUUAUGUGUGCUAUAAGCCAGAAUGCUUUUUGGUUCUGUACCGUUAACCUCAAACACAUGUGCAAGCUGUUUGUACAGUACAUAACAAUGCUAAGAUGAACUGAAAAACUUAGUUUGCUUCUUUCCAAAACCAAUAAAAGUUAUAACUGGA